AAAAAAACAUGAGAUGUAUAAACAAAAAGCAAAAUUAUAUACGUUUUUACGAGGGUUACAUGAGCGUGGGUAGUACCGGUGUAUAUAAAAUUAUAUAAAAUAUGUGCGUCGGAGCUGUUCCUAUGGUAAGUAUAUAUAUAUAACAAGUAAGGGAGCAGGGGCUAGAGGUGUAAAUCCCAUCUUCAGAUGUGAUUUGACUCUUGUUUCGAGUGCAAUUUAUAUAUAUUAUGCUGUUUGCAACGUCCGUUUAUAAUGCUAGCCCUACUCUCGGGGUGACCCAUGCAUGCUUGUCAAGUUCGCAUGUUAUGAUAAGGAUCAGGGCUAUGUUUGUACUUCGUAUGCCGGGUGAUCCUCCUGGUAGCGUGACCCUAUCACCUGGUAAACAAGCUCGUCCGCGUCACGCAAUUACGUUAGUGAACCAUGCGAUUUCACGGUUCUGUGCACAAGUUAUUCAUAUUUUGCUUCAAUCUUACAGGUACACAUCAUGGAAGCUCUGUACGAGGCUGUUAACUGUCCUCAAGUAGCAAUUGCCGUUGCCGUUGUGGUUAUAGGAACUCUAUACUUGGUUUCUAAGCUUAUCCACGGUGGUCGAGUCCAAAACCCUGAUGAUAAAUAUGUACUCAUUACUGGUUGUGAUAGAGGAUUCGGUAAAAUGGCUGCAAUUCGGUUAGAUCAGCUUGGUUUUCACGUAAUUGCGACCUGCCUGACCGAUGAAAGUCAGAAGGAGCUUAAAGAAGAAGCAAGCAACAAGUUGACUACAUUUAAACUUGAUGUCACUAAAUGCGACCAAGUACAAGAUGUAUAUCAUAAAGUUACUGCUCUUAUUCCUAGGGAUAAAGGUUUGUGGGGAGUUGUCAACAAUGCUGGCGUGGCUACAGUUGGACUCGUUGACUGGGUUUCUCUUGAGACRUUUAAACGAUCUGCUGACGUCAAUUUGUGGGGCAUGAUUGACGUCACAAAGACUUUCUUACCYCUCAUCAAGAAGACCAAAGGACGAAUUGUGAAUGUUACUAGCAUKGGAGGUCGUGCUUGUCUUCCUAAUGCAGUAGCUUAUAGCGUUUCUAAGUUUGCAGCUGAAGCGUUUUCGGAUGCGCUACGACGAGAAAUAGCUGAUUUUGGUGUCAAAGUAAGCAUCGUGGAACCAGGUUUUUUUCAAACUCCAAUGGUUACCAAAGCAAACCUCAGCAAUGCGUGGCGUGACGUAUGGAACAAGCUUGAUAAAGAAAAACAGGAAGAAUACGGUGAAGAAUUCUACRAAAUUCAAGUCGAAAACAUGUUGGUGGGUAUGGUUGACACGUGCUGUUCGCCAAGCACCUACAAAGUGAUUGACGCGAUCGAACAUGCCGUGACGUCAACACGACCUAAUUCUCGUUACGUGAUUGGCUGGGAUGCAAACCUAUUGUGGAUAUGGUUGUCAAGGUUACCAGCCAGUGUUGGUGAUUUCAUUGUGCAGAUGUUGGCGAACAAGCGAGGUGUUCCACGAAGUUUACAAAAGUAGAACUCCUUGUAAAAUGUCAUGAGAUUCCAAUUUUAGUUAUUUCUUAUAUUUCGAAGCAUGGUGUAGUAGUAAUAGCUUGUUUAUUGUCUACUUCAUGGUUGACUUGCGUCUCUAGCCAACCUCAGUAGGUUCUCUCAAUUGGCUCCACYAUUGGAAAGUCUUUCUGCGUCACGGGAUAUCUAUCUUAUAGCCUAGUAUUCUGUCUCGCCGUGCAGAAGCCCUGCAGUAGUUACCCAAGAUGGUCAAUUAAUUGAUUAUUCAAAAUAUGUUUAUUUAAAAACCUCCAAUAAGUGUUAUAUGGUAAAAAUAAUUUUCUAUAUUUUGCUGUGUCACUCCUCCUUCUCAUGGCCAAUGAUAUUAUUAGUGUUUUAUUCAACUUAGCAGAAAAUUAUCCGAAUUAGAUUGUUCCUAUUUCUAUCAUUGAAAAUAAAUUUUGUUUAUUUGGACAACUAUAAAGGUUACAACGGCUUCCCAUAUUGAUUCCUUUGGUUGCUUAAUCGUAAAGUUACAAAUUCAUUAAACAACUUUUUAUUAAAUGUGUUUUUAUUUUUAGUUUUUUGUUUGCUUAUUUUUCCAUCAUGCUAGCAUGACAAGCUACUAAUCUAACUAUUAACAUUCAAGUUAAUAACGAAUUCAAAGGCAUAUACAGAAGCCUUUGACAACAAUCAAAGAGCUUGAGAUUAUUGAACUACAAAGAAAUUGUAUAAUGGAAU